AUGGGGAGGUGUCCAAGAAACCCUAAUAAUGGUGAAGCAGGCGUAGGGUUGAAGAAAGGGCCAUGGACUCCUGAAGAAGACAAUAUACUCAGUGAUUACAUACAGAGAAAUGGCAGCCAUGGAAACUGGAAGACCCUGCCGGAAAGAGCUGGCCUGAACCGCUGCGGCAAGAGCUGCCGCCUCCGGUGGUGCAACUACCUCCGCCCCGACAUCCGCCGCGGAAACUUCUCGCCGGAGGAAGAGGACACCAUCAUCCGCCUCCAUUCCACGCACGGCAACAAGUGGGCGAUGAUUGCGAGCCAGUUGCCUGGGAGGACAGACAACGAGAUCAAGAACUUCUGGAAUACUCAUUUGAAGAAGAAGUUGAUUCGAUCGGGGAUUGAUCCGAACACACACAACCGGUUGAUCAUGCCCAAUGAUCAUUUCUUCGCCAAUCCGAUAAAUUCGACCAAUAUUCGACUUCUCCAUGGCAUACUCCAAAUCCUCAACACCAACAUUAGUCAUAACAAUUUGUUCACCACGACUCCCCUCCACAUCCCCAUCAAUACUAUCGAUGUGCUCCCUAACUUAGAAACCAUCAAUAAUAAUAAUAAUAAUAAUAAUAAUAAUAAUAAUGGUUGUUUGGAAGCUUUUGGCUAUGGCUGCCAAGUGAUCAAAAACAGAGAUUCCGGGAGCAUGGAAAAUGGCAAUUCCGGCGGCGGCGGAAUUUCCUCGGACAGUUAUGGAGAAUGGCUGGUGGGUGAUAUUGAGAGCAGUGAUAUCGAUGGUUUAUUAUUGCCAUUGAUGAAUGAUCAGCCAUGUGAUUCUUUCUGGACAGACAUUUUUGUCGACUCUUUUCUUGAACCAUCUCCUGGUUGUUGA